GCCAGUGAACUCUAAUCGUCGCCCUGUGCUUUAUUUAUAAAAUUAGGAGUAUUGUAUACUUUCGAAAGUCAGAGUACAUAUAAAACAAUUAUAUAUAUUAGAAUUAUAUUCGAAAUUAAGCUUAAAUUCGCCAUUCGAUCUGGUGCCUAAAUUGCAAAUUCCUCAAUUUACUUCAAGUUUAAUAUCCACUCAAUUUUAGAGUUAAUCUCUCUACCUUUUAUUUUUGUUCCCUUUUAUUUAUUGAAUGUUCAUAAUUUUUAUGGAAAUAAAUAUACAAUACAAAAUUUUUAUUUAAACAUUAUUUCAUCAUAAAAUUAACAUAUUCUUGAGAAAUUACCAAAUGCCAAAUCGGACCUUCCAUUUCCGAUCGAACGGUCACCGAGAGACAUCAUUCAACCCAAAUCACCUAUUGCCCACGAAACAGCUUACUACACAUUCGACCCAAUGGGAAAACGCCACGUGCUCCAUUCAGCAACAACGCUAGAAAAUUCUAAACGCGUCCCCAAAAGCGGGCUCGGUUCCCCUUCGAAGCCUCAACCCGAAACCCGCGCCGCGCCCUUCUCCCUACUCCUCGCUGCUCCUCCUCCUCCUCCUCCUUGCUCCCACCGCGGCGGCGACGCCAUGAGGAUCGAGGAGGUCCAAUCCACCUCCAAGAAGCAGCGCAUCGCCACCCACACCCACAUCAAAGGCCUCGGCCUCGACGUGAAUGGGAACGCGAUACCCAUGGCGGCGGGGUUCGUGGGGCAGGUGGCGGCGCGGGAGGCGGCGGGGCUCGUCGGCGACAUGAUUGGCGAAGUAAGAUAG